AAGUACUUUGGUCCCAGGCAGGCGGCGCCCGGGCCGCUGCUCCACUUGUCCAUCAGCCCAGGCGGAGCGGAAACAAGGCCAACCCCCUCGCCCGGCAUGGCCAAAGAUCUUAGAGCAUCUUUGGGUAUGGCGCCGCCGCCAUUCAAUCCCAACAACCCCGUUGUGUUCUUCGACAUCACCAUCGGCGGCCAGGAAGUAGGCCGGAUGAAGAUUGAACUAUUUGCUGAUGUUGUACCCAGGAUAGCAGAGAACAUCAGACAAUUCUGCACUGGAGAAUUCAGGAAGGAUGGGGUUCCUAUUGGUUACAAAGGAAGUACGUUCCACAGAGUAAUAAAGGAUUUCAUGAUACAAGGAGGGGACUUUGUAAAUGGAGACGGAACUGGUGUAUGCAGCAUCUACAGAGGGCCAUUUGCUGAUGAAAACUUUAAAAUGAAGCACACUCUCCCUGGUCUAUUGUCCAUGGCAAACAGUGGCCCAAAUACAAAUGGUUGCCAGUUCUUUAUUACAUGUUCUAAAUGUGAUUGGCUGGAUGGGAAGCAUGUUGUUUUUGGUAAAAUAAUUGAUGGAUUGCUUGUAAUGAGAAAAAUAGAGAACGUUCCCUCCGGCCCCAGCAAUAAACCCAAACUUCCUGUGGUGAUUGUACAAUGUGGAGAGAUGUAGAGUGAGCUGACAAGAAAAGGCACUGGGUCUCUGCUGUAUGACCACGCCUCACAGUGUUGGCAGAAACUGGUCUUUUGUGGGUUCAUGGCUGUUUGGAGGUUUUUAUUUGGGUAAGGUGAGCAGUGCUUUCCCCCUGAAAUGUUGAACUAAUCAGAAGGGCAAGUUACGUACUAGCUCAAACCAUAUUAAUUUGGUGUAACUUCAUGAUGCCCAAUUUUUAAUUUAACCUCAUCAUUUUGUAAGCAGCUGGAUCUGAAACCACCAUUUUGAAUUGGAUACAAGCACAGAUUGACAUUCCUCCAUCGUAUAAUAUUGGUUUAAUUCUCUUUUGAAUGACCAAGAUUUCAAAUUCCAGUAUAGAUUUUUUUUUUAAGGAGUUUGUUCCCAAUGCCAAAAAUGUGUUUUCCUAAUAAAAUCAAGGUGACAUACCACAAUUCAAAUUAAAUUUUAAAGCUUCCUCUAAUUUUUCCUUUAAGAUCCGACCAGUUUCUUGAAAAUGUUGUAUGUAUUUUGUAUGCAAUAAAUUUUUAAAAACU